UGAAUAAAAGGGGGUGGGAUUGAGCUGGAGGGAGGGAUGUGUGUGGAACUUGAUUUGUCGCUAAUCUACUGAGAGGAGGGGAGAAAAGAAAAGGAAAGGUCUGAUGCUGUCUCAGCUAAGCACUCCCAUCAGAAAGAGCUCAAUCCCAAUACCUCCUGGAGAUACACACACACUGGGGGUGUGUGUGUGGUGUGUGUGUGUGUGUGUGAGGUGAACAUCAUCAAAUCUGCCUUUAUUUCCCAUUCCAGUUUUUAAGCCAUUUGCAGAUUGUAACCAACUCUCAAUGAGUGGCUACAUCUUUAAAGCUCCAGUUGACGUCUGCAAUUAACUGGGCAUUGUGUGUGUGUGUGUGUGUGUAUGUGUACGAUUUAAGCACUUGAUUUGUUUUGCUGUGGGCAAUCUUAAGAAUUUUUUUUAAACCCCUCCAUCACCCCUCUUUAUUUCCCCCUGACCCAGUGAAAAGUCACUCUUGUUAAAAUCCCACACGAGAGAGAGAGUGAGAGAGACUGUUUUUUUUAAAACGAGUGCUGGAGAUAAUAACAUUGGGAGCAUCAAAGACCAGGAAUAAUGCUGAACACCGUGAAGGACAUUACUGUGGCUGUGAACACCAACACUUUCAGAAGUCUUCAGUGGUGUCUGGCAUCGUGGAGAGGUUUUCAAUUCACUUUCUUCCUUCUGUACAUAGUCCCUCUCGUUUGCCCUUCUUGGGGGACAGGUUUUCAGUACAAAUAUCCAUCGACCCUACAGACCAGCAAAGAUCAAUUGGCAGCUGGGUUUCUCAAUCGAAGGAAUUGGUGCCCUUACACGGUCACGAAAACCAUCUCCUGCCAAGUGCAGAAUGGGACCUACGUGCAGCGAGUUUACCAGAGCUGCAGGUGGCCUCUGGGCUGCCCAAGUGGCAUCAGUUACAGGGCGGUGUUGCGGCCGACAUACCGGCUGACGUACAAAACGGUGACGGCGAUGGAGUGGAGGUGCUGCGCUGGUUUCAGAGGGACGAGCUGCGAGGAAGAGAACAGCAACUUCCUGGAGGCGUUGGAGGGUGGACGUCACGUGUCUCACAACCGCAGAUUGUUCCCCAAAUCCGGAGAUUUCCCAGGUUGUUUGAACUGCACUAAGAUCUCACAAAUCACCAGCCGUCUCAGCACCCUGGAAGCAAAGGUGGCGUUACUCGCUGCGGCUGAGCCGGCUAGUUCCCAGGUCCCCUCCCGGGGUCAGGCCGUGGACCCCGGCUCCUCGGAGACACUGGACCUGAGGGGAGCCCCUGCCGCGCAGGGAGAGCCUGGGGCACGAGGACCCAAAGGUCUCCCUGGUGACAGAGGGAUGGGUGGCUCUCCAGGCCGGGAUGGUUCCCAGGGGUUUCCCGGUCCGAGGGGUGAGCCUGGCAUCCGGGGGCCGUCCGGAAUGCCGGGAACGCGAGGAAACAUGGGACCCCCAGGUCCGCCCGGCGCUCCCGGACCAGCUGGAAUUCCCGGAGAAAGGGGAUUGCCAGGACCACCGGGGUCCCCACGCGCCGACAUUCCUCACCGGGGAACAGGAGACCUGGGAUACACGUCCACCAAUGCCGCUGGAGACUCCGUUCUUUCAAACACCUUCACAGACACAGUGCUGACUGGUGUCCGAGGUUCCCCCGGACCCCCUGGUCCUGUCGGGGCCCCAGGACCACAAGGACCUAUCGGACCCCCAGGACCUCGCGGGAAAGAUGGAUUUAUCGGGCAACCAGGUUUACCAGGGCCAGAGGGACCUAAAGGAACCAAAGGAGACAAGGGACCUUCUGGCUAUCCUGGAGAGAGAGGUUUCAGAGGAGAAAGGGGAGAAGCAGGAGCGAAAGGAGAGCCAGGAGAGAAGGGACAGCCGGCCGUUAGUUGGCAGAUGUUCCAAGACCUUCAAGAUGAACUAGAAGUUCUGGCUAGAAGGGUAACCUUGCUGGAAGCCAUCGUGUGGCCAGAACCGGAACACGGAUCGGGGCUCGGUCCGUAUGCCACGCCACCUCCCAAUUUCUUCAGAGGCAAGCGGGGCAGCUUUUCAGCGUACAGGAUUAUCUCGCACAGGCUUGCUGCACACAAAGCCGAGGAGAAAUGAUUAAUGGACAAUGUAAAAGCCAGCGAGCGUGUGCGUUUGCGUGAAACACGUGGUGCUCUCCUGUCACGAUUGUUUGGUAAAUUUGAGGGUAAGCGGGCCACAGAGCCACUGGAGCCUUUUGUGUUUACUUGUCCUGUGCGUGUGUGUGUGUGUAUUCCUGGUGGAUUCACUUGAUUUGCCUCGUGUUCUACUGCAAUUGUUACGUUCUUCCCCCUUCCCCCCCCCACUCCCUUCCCCUCCCCCAAACAACAACAAC